GAGGGAAUUUGUGUCAAAGUGUCAACGGAUGCCAAACUGGAUUCAAAUGCAGCGAAAUCCGGGGGGGCGGGUGGAAGAGUGUGUAUCUGAGAGAGGGCGGAAGCAUCUCAAUAAUUUGCUGUUUUUAUUUCCCCACUCCUUCCCUCCAGUCCAAUCAUGCUCCUCUGUUCUCUGCCACUCUAUUUACUUUCUCCAUUUUCUCUAUCUAGCUUCCCGGCGAGGGAGACGGAAGUAGAAGAGUAGACGAAAGCACUACCUCUGCUUCUACGGAACUCUCUCUCUCUCUCUCUCUCUCUCAUCUGCCCAAGUUCCCUUCUUUCCAUGGACUCCUUUCAUCUCUUCUCUUUUCACUUUUGCCUUUUUCAACUCGGCUAGAUUUCGAGUCUGUCUUCUCUCACCUGACGCGGCACCCUUUUCCAUCUCCACGGGGGUCAGCUCUGGACUGCAGUUUUGAGUUGUUGCUUGAUACCAUCAGUUAAAAACUCCCAAAACUCCCACUUAUCCUUCACUUGCCAUUGGAGUUUGAUUAAAUGGAGCAGCAGUCAAAAGAUUCGAUUUCUAGUCAGUCUGAAGGCCCAUCCAAUAUUCCAUUGUUGAAAAUUUUUGGAAAAAUGGGAACUGGUUCCUGGAGCAUCCCCCAUGGGACUGCUGCAUAUCAUACAUCAAGUGAUGCUAGCCUGUUUUCUAGCUCAUUGCCCGUCCUUCCACAUGAGAAGUUGAAUUUUACUGAUUUUGAGCAUUGUGAUCAAUCCGUUGAUGAUGGCUUGUCUAGCUUAGACAAACUUCACCAUGAUGAUGAAGGUAAGGAUACAUUUGAAGAUGUUGAUCCAAAUUCAAUUGGACAGCUGCUUCCUGAUGAUGAAGAUGAGCUUUUAGCUGGCAUUAUGGAUGAUUUUGAUCUAAGUGGGUUGCCUAGUCAACUAGAGGAUUUGGAAGAUUAUGAUCUUUUUGGCAGUGGUGGGGGGAUGGAAAUGGAUUUUGAUUCUCAAGAGAGUCUCAGUAGCAGUAUGUCAAGGGUAGGCAUAUCCGAUGGUAUAGCUGGAAAUGGAAUUGGUCAUUAUGGACUUCCGAAUGGCAUUGGAACAGUUGCAGGCGAACAUCCAUAUGGCGAGCAUCCUUCAAGAACAUUAUUUGUACGGAACAUCAACAGUAAUGUCGAGGACUCUGAAUUGAGAACCCUCUUUGAGCAAUAUGGGCAUAUUAGAACUCUAUACACUGCAUGCAAGCACAGGGGCUUUGUUAUGAUUUCUUACUAUGAUAUUCGAGCUGCUCGAACUGCAAUGCGUGCACUGCAGAACAAGCCCUUACGACGGAGGAAACUUGACAUUCAUUUUUCAAUUCCCAAGGAUAACCCAUCAGAAAAGGAUAUUAACCAAGGAACUCUUGUAGUGUUCAAUUUGGAUGCAUCAGUAUCUAAUGAUGAUCUUCGUCAAAUUUUUGGGGCUUAUGGGGAGGUUAAAGAGAUUAGGGAAACACCACACAAGCGUCACCAUAAAUUCAUUGAAUUCUAUGAUGUUAGAGCUGCUGAGGCAGCUCUUAGAGCAUUAAAUAGGAGCGAUAUAGCUGGAAAACGCAUAAAGCUUGAGCCGAGCCGUCCUGGUGGAGCACGUAGAAACUUGAUGCAGCAAUUGAGUCAAGAGUUGGAACAAGAUGAAGUUCGAAGUUUUCGACAUCAUAUAGGUUCGUCAAUAGCCAACUCUCCCCCAGGUAACUGGCCGCACUUUGGAAGCCCCAUGGAACAUAAUGCUUUGCAAGACUAUAGUCAGUCCCCAGGUUUGGGAACCCUGAAUCAUUUAAACGACAAUCAUUUGCUUGGACUAGCUUCCAUUCUCCCCCCUCAUAUAUCGAACUCUGCAAAGAUUGCACCUAUUGGAAAAGAUCAAGGGAGAGUUAACCAUGUAAACCAGGUCUUUAAUAAUGUCAGGUUGUCAGAAGGAGCAUCCUACCAGCUUGCUCAUUCAUAUCCUGAGCGGAAAUUAAGUGCCAGUCCUGGACCUUCAUCUUCUUUUAGCGAAUCAAAUUCAAAUUCAUCUGGUAUUGGAACUUUGUCUGGUCCUCAGUUCCUUUGGGGAAGCCCUACCCCUUACUCAGAGCUGCCCAAUGCAUCUGCCUGGCCGACAUCACCUGUGGUGCACCCGCUUGCGUCCAGCGGACAAGGACAAGUUUUUCCAUACUCUAGUCAGCAUGGCUCUUUCCUUGGUUCACAUCACCAUCAUGUGGGAUCUGCUCCAUCUGGUGUUCCUAUCGACAGGCAGUUUGGCUACUUCCCAGAGUCACCAGAAACAUCCGUCAUGAGCCCAGUAACAUUUGGGGGCAUCAGUUUAACUCGCAAAAAUGGAAGUUACAUGAUGAAUACAGGUGGCCGUGCGGCCCUUAGUGCAGGCAUUGCUCUUCCAGGAAACAUGAAUGAAAAUAGUCCACCUAGUUUCAGAAUGAUGUCACUAACAAGACAUGGUUCUUUGUUCCCUGGAAAUGGUUCUUAUCUGGGUCCUGGUAUAGCUGUCAAUGAGGGUUUAGGCGACCGAGCUCGAAGUCGACGGGUUGAGAACAAUGGGAGCCAAAUAGAAAACAAGAAGCAGUAUCAGCUUGAUUUGGAUAAAAUCAUUAGCGGGGAAGAUACAAGGACUACUUUAAUGAUUAAAAACAUACCAAAUAAGUACACUUCCAAGAUGUUACUGGCUGCUAUUGAUGAAAACCAUAGGGGUACUUACGACUUCCUCUACUUGCCCAUUGAUUUUAAGAACAAAUGCAAUGUGGGUUAUGCAUUUAUUAAUAUGGUGUCUCCUUCACACAUUAUCCCCUUCUAUGAGGCAUUCAAUGGGAAGAAAUGGGAGAAGUUUAAUAGUGAGAAAGUCGCUUCACUGGCAUAUGCACGAAUCCAGGGAAAGGCUGCCCUUGUUACUCACUUCCAAAAUUCAAGCUUAAUGAAUGAAGAUAAGCGGUGCCGCCCUAUUCUCUUUCACUCCGAGGGUCAGGAAAUUGGUGAUCAGGAUCCUUUUCCCUCUGGCAAUUUGAACAUUUGUAUCCGCCAACCAGAUGGGUCAUAUGCUGGGGAUUCAUUAGAAAGCCCCAAGGGGUAUUCUGGAAGAGAAGCCAGAGAAGAAUUACACUUGAAGCCUUAAGAGUUGGUGGCUGUGAUGCUAACUGUUAUCCAUGUACAUUAGGUGUAUAAACUUAAAAAGAGAAACUAGAGGACAGGCAUAUGACUGCCUGUAUAUUGAGGGUUGCGCUCACAUUUUGAGUGAUGUGAACUCAUAGUAUUGCUCAAGAAAGCUCCAAAUAGAAGCACAGGAAGCAAGCAUUUUGUUUAUAAGACGUCCAAUUGAUAUUUAACCAAGGGAGUCUAAUAAGGUGAAGCAUGCAGCUGAAGAAUGAAGUCUCUCGAUGCCACAUCUUCGGCCUCCUUUUGGGGUGUGUUUCAUCACAUUUCCAUUUGUUGUGCCUAGUCCUUUCAGACAAUCUGCAAAUAUUAAUAGGUGUUAUGGGUUAAUGACUGGGAAUUGAAAUUUGAGUUUCCGGGCUGUUUACAAAAUUGUAUAGAUGGGAGACAACAGACCCUCCAUCCCAUCCCAAAAUCUGUUUGGCGGUGUCCUCUCUGUAGCCCAAAAAUGAAAGGCCCUAUCUUAUGAGAUAAACUGGUACAGAUCUGUCUCUCCCCCUCCCCCUACCCCUCUGCUGCAUCCUCUUUAAAAUCUGUUUGUGGUGGCGUCAUUUUAGCCAUUUUAGCCAAAAACAGAAAGGGCCCUAUCUUAUGAGAUAACCUGGUUGUACA